AUGAUUCCCCUUAAAAUAAGAUAGAAUAAAAAGAGAAAAUAUGAGGAGAUAACUAUGGAGUAAUCUCAAAUCAAUGUAGAUGAUUAAUUUAAAGUGAACAACUCGUCACUUGACUUCAUGCAAUCAAUGAUUGAGUAUGAGCAGAAGUAUAAGAGAUUUAAAUAAAACUGCUAACCUGGGUCAGAGGGUAAUUGUAGCAUAAAUGAACAGCUAAUUCAGUAAGGGAGCUAAGUUAAAUUAGCAGAGCAGGCAAAACUCAGUAGCACAUUUCCUAUACAACAAAAUGGUUUUACUGAAAAUCAAACAAUGAGCGAUUAAAAUGAGAGCCAACAGAAAAUUACUUCUGAUAGCCUAUAUUUCUGUGAAUUGUGCUAAUUUGAGCACGACUGA